CUUCCGUCCAUCAGUGGGUCUCUCUGGUCUUCUGCUCUGCUCGUUGUGGCCCAUCUCCUCCACCAUGCUGGUCCCAGCUCUGCUCCAGACCUCCCUGGUCCUCUGGUUGGCUCAGCGGACUCUGCAAGGCGGCGUUAGACCUCAAAGUGUAUCCUGGGGACGAGUGCUGCCAGCUCGAGGUGUUGGCGUUGGAGUACAACCUGGAGUUGCAGGUGCCCUCGGAGCAAUGGGGAACCGAUAUGGCACCAAAGCCAUGAAGACUGGAGUCGGCCGUUAUUCUGGGGCUCAGCUCGGCGUUGGAGGUUACAGAUCUUAUGGAUUAGGAAGUAGAGCCGGCCUCAGGCAAGGUGGAUAUGGAGCCCAGGGAGCUUAUGGUGCCGCUUUGGGCACAGGGAUGGGGACAGGACACACAAAUGGACUUGGUUAUGGCCAAGGUGGGAAACGUGGUUAUGGCGCUGGCCUGGGCACUGUGCCGGGAUAUGGGGCUUUAGCCGGCAAUGGCUAUCAUGGUACCCGACCAGGUGUGUCUGCAGCAGAUUUGGGUGGACCUCAGAUGGCCAAUCUGGGCCAAGCUUCCCAAGAUCUGAAGAGAGAAAAGAGCAGAGCAUUUGGUCCCUCGUAUGGCGACACAACUCAAGCUGGAAUGCCCAACACGCGGAGAAGUGAUGUACCGACCGAUCCCUAUUUGCAGGAACAAACUGGCUUCAGGCCCGCCGCACUGCCGCACGGACGAGAGAUCAAAAGCCUUGAUCUUUUGGGCGAGUCAUUGAGUCGUAGACCUUUGACACCUCUUGACAAACACAGCAAAGGUCUCGGUGCAGCUGCUUCGCAAGCACGCGGAGGAGAGGGCUUCGAUCCUGCAGUCCUAGAAAGGAGGCGCGCGGCAAACCAUGCGGCCGCGCUGGCCGCCAUGGGUGCAAGGCCGCAGCUGCCUCCGGUCGAAGGCAACACCGGAACUCGGCUGCACGACGCGAGAGACUACGAUCCCACCGUCCAGCAGAAUCAGCAGGCCACCAACUGUGGAUCCACUCGUGAUUUGUUAGAUAUGUUGGGAAUCCCUCACCAGGAGCAACUGGGCUCAGAAACGCAGAGGACUCGAGGUCCGGUGCUCCAGCCUCAAGUUGAUAAGGACGGGAACCCUCUUGGACGAGGAGAGAGAACCCAUCCACGGCCUCUUCCACAAACCCAAGAUGGCAGAGGCAAUUCAUUCCCUCUCCCUCCAGGUCAGGGAACCAGCAGCUAUUUAUCUGCCAUAGCAGAAGACCUUGGGCGUGUGGCCAAAGACAAAAGUGGGCCGGGGAUCCGUGGGACCGUUGCCGUAGACCGUAGUCUGCGAGCAGGUGGGAGCCAUGGACCAGUGAUCCCAGGUGAAAGGGGAACCCAAAGUUUAGGCAUCGCAGCGGUAGAAGGGCAUGAAGCAAAAACCUUUACUCCCGAUGGUCAGAAAGUGAAACACCUUUCCCUCGCUGAGCGUGAUGUCAGGGGGUCAAAAGCCAGUAUCCCAGGACAGACUGGGAGGAAUGACCAGGCAACAAGUUAUAUCGGAGGACCGGGGAACUAUCCGGGAGCGGGCCUGGGCGCCGGGGGCUACGGACCAGGGUUGGGACAGGGAGCAUACCUGGGUGCUGCAGCUGGCAAACACGCAGCUGCUGCUGGUCUUGGGCAAGGCUAUGGCGACGGAGCCACAGGAUACCUGGGUCACAUGGCGGGCAAUGGCUACGCAGGUUAUGGCAAUGGUUACAACAAUGGACACGGGGCCGGCCUUGGUUACCCAUCAGAGUUAGCUGACGGUGCUGAGAACAAAUCAGGGAAGCGUGAAGCCCUCGGUGCAGGAGGCUACGCCGGACAAGUACAGGGAGCAUAUGGAGCACUUGGUGCAGGACUCGACACCGCUGGUGGGAAAUAUGGAGGAGCUCAGGUUCCUUACGGUAACGCUCCAGUGAUCCCGACAGGUCUGGAGGGGAACGGUGGCUACCCGUAUCCUGCUCAGCAGCUCAACCUCGGCGCAGAAGGUGCCAAAACCGCCAGCAAAUAUGGUUACGGUGGACAUCUGGGAGCAACUCAAGACGCCUUGAGGGAGCAAGCUGGCCAAUAUGGCGAAGUGAACGGCGCCCUUGGAAAUGGAUACAAAGGUGUGAAUAAGGGGAUGUAAUUGGUGGAUGGAGGCCCAGUUAAAACUUCAUUAACUAUUAAAGCUUCUGCCAAGGAUUUGUUACCUGUGCACUCUCCAUGUCCUCUUUGUCUCUGUCUUUGACCGGGCUAAUUUAAAUAUCCUGGAUCUCUUCAAGUGGAUCAUUUCCAUAAUGUGUUCAGUGUAAUGUGUUUGUGUGUGUGUUUCAGCCCUGUUGGUUUCUGUUUUGUCUUUUACUGUCUUUUUUCUGUCAGCUGACAUUUGUCCUUUUGGUGCACCGCCAGUCUAAUUUGUCAGAACAAACUGGUGGUGAUGCACGAACAUACAUGUUUGUAAAGUGCAAGAAGUUUGCCGCAAAAUAAAUAUUAAAAUACUUCCAAUCCAA